AUGCGGGACGAUGAGUUCUAUAAGCCUAUUCCUAUGAUUCUGAACAUUGUAGUACAGCGUGAUAUAUUCGUCGAAGAGCUGUGUAAGCUUCGUUCCAACCUCCACUACUCCGAAUGCUUCGCCAGUCAGCAUUGCGGUUUCCUCGACGAUCGCGUCCCGAAUGAUGUUGUCAAACGAGUGACGGAGAAAAGCAUCUUUCAUGACGAGAUCCCUGGUGGCCAACUGGUCGAUGCUGAGUACGUUCAAUGUUCUCUGCGAUGCUUAGUGAUUUAG